AUGGCGACCCCGCGGGCGGGAACUGGGGCCUUCUUUGGGCGGCGGGAACGUGGGGGCGGGAAGGAGGCCGGCUCCCCCUCGCCCCAGGCAGCAAGCUGCGGGGGGGUGGGGGGCGGGGUAGAGGGAGGAAAAGAGGAACCCACCAGGCCCCGGCCGGGGUGGGGGGGGACCACUCACCAACCUUUGUAUUUGUUACAGCCAAAACAGCUUCCAGAUAAAUGGCAACACGACCUGUUCGACAGCGGUUUUGGAGGCGGGGCCGGCGUAGAGACCGGUGGGAAAUUGCUGGUCUCCAAUCUGGAUUUUGGGGUCUCAGAUGCGGAUAUUCAGGAACUAUUUGCUGAAUUCGGAACUCUGAAAAAGGCAGCUGUACAUUAUGAUCGGUCUGGCCGGAGCUUAGGAACAGCAGAUGUUCACUUUGAGCGAAAAGCAGAUGCUCUGAAGGCCAUGAAACAGUAUAACGGUGUCCCCUUGGAUGGUCGCCCUAUGAAUAUUCAGCUUGUUACAUCACAGAUUGAUACACAACGAAGACCUGCACAGAGUGUAAAUAGAGGUGGAAUGACUAGAAACCGUGGCUCUGGAGGUUUUGGUGGUGGGGGCGGCACCCGGAGAGGCAGUCGUGGAGGCAAUAGAGGACGAGGCAGAGGGACUGGAAGAAAUUCGAAACAACAGCUUUCCGCAGAAGAACUAGAUGCACAGUUGGAUGCUUAUAAUGCCAGGAUGGAUACCAGUUAAACUAGCCAACAUAUUCCCUGCAUGGAACAGGACCCAGGAAUCUCAUUCUUUACCCUUCUUGCUGGAGGGUGGAGUAGAGGACUGUGGCUCUGCUAUCAAUGAUGGAUUUGUUUCUUUUAUGUUUCGAAAUAGGAUUUAAAACUCAUGUAAAGGUUUUUUUUUUAAUUCUGAAACAGACCUGUUUUGUACCAAGUUAUUUUUGGGAUAAAUUUUACUGGUUGCUGUUGUGGAGGAGGUGGCGUUUUCACCUUUGCCAUAAUAAAAUAGAAAUGUGUGUAGAA